AUGUACGUGAGCUACCUCCUAGACAAGGACGUGAGCAUGUACCCCAGCUCCGUGCGCCACUCCGGCGGCCUCAACCUGGCGCCGCAGAACUUUGUCAGCCCCCCGCAGUACCCGGACUACGGUGGUUACCACGUGGCGGCUGCGGCGGCCGCGGCGGCGAACUUGGACAGCGCUCAGUCGCCGGGGCCAUCCUGGCCCGCUGCGUACGGAGCCCCUCUCCGCGAGGACUGGAACGGCUACGCGCCUGGGGGCGCGGCCGCGGCCAACGCCGUAGCCCACGGCCUCAACGGGGGCUCCCCGGCCGCCGCUAUGGGCUACAGCAGCCCCGCCGACUACCACGCUCACCACCACCCGCAUCACCACCCGCACCAUCCGGCCGCGGCGCCGUCCUGCGCCUCCGGCUUGCUGCAGACGCUCAACCCCGGCCCUCCGGGGCCCACAGCCCCCGCUGCCGCCGAGCAGCUCUCCCCCAGCGGCCAGCGGAGAAACCUGUGCGAGUGGAUGCGGAAGCCGGCGCAGCCGUCCCUGGGGAGCCAAGUGAAAACCAGGACGAAAGACAAAUACCGAGUGGUAUACACAGACCAUCAGCGGCUGGAGCUGGAGAAGGAGUUUCACUAUAGCCGAUACAUCACCAUCAGGCGGAAAGCUGAGCUGGCUGCCACACUGGGACUCUCAGAGAGGCAGGUUAAAAUUUGGUUUCAGAACCGCAGAGCCAAGGAAAGGAAAAUCAACAAGAAGAAAUUGCAACAGCAGCAGCAGCAGCAGCAGCAGCCGCCGCCGCCGGCACCCCCUCCGCCACAGGCGGCGCAGGCUCAGCCAGGCGCCCUGAGGAGCGUGCCCGAGUCCUUGAGUCCUGUGUCUUCGCUGCAAGGCUCGGUGCCCGGUUCUGUCUCUGGGGUCCUGGGGCCGGCUGGGGGGGUGUUAAACCCCACUGUCACCCAGUGA